AUGGAGAACUUCAUGGCACCGCUGAGCACCAUCAGUGAGCUUGCGCUUCAGCAGAGCAAGGCAAAGCUCCUCCACGGCAAGGUGAGCGGGCCCUCCCGGCGCAAGCGAGAGUUCAUGCCUGACGAGAAGAAGGACAACAUGUACUGGGAGAAGAGGCGCAAGAACAAUGAGGCGGCCAAGCGCUCGCGAGAGAAGAGGCGCCUCAAUGACUUCGCCAUGGAGAGUCAGUUGGCCGCUCUCAGCGAGGAGAAUGCCAUUCUCCGGACAGAGCUGCUGUCUCUGAAGCUGCGCUUUGGACUCAUCAACCCAGACACCGGCGCCUCCCAGGGCCGCUCACUUCAGGACUUUCUGGGAGUUUAUUUCACAGGGCACAGAGCAGCCUCCCCACUCCUUGAGGCUGAGCCCUUUGCUGGGGACUCCUGCAUCUUCACAGCGAAGAGCUUUGUGCCAGAGGUGCUGGAGCCAGCUGACUUUUCCUGCAAAGCCUUUGCCCCAUCCAGAAACAUCCUUGGCUGUGACUUGAAGCCAGGUCCCAUGGACACACUUGGCCUUCAGCAGCCAAAGAGGCUUGAUGCAGCCUUCAGACCCAGAGUUUUCUCUCCAUUCCUCAAUUACCACUGCCCGGACAAGUAUGCUUUCCAUUUGCCUUUGUCAGGCAGUGCCUGCUCGUUGUGUCCUUUCCCUUAUCCUGCUGAGGUGAGCAAAGAAAGCACCAUAACUGUCUCAGAUGAAGAUGAUGAGCAACAAGUGCCCAAAACCUCUCCUCUGCCCCUGUGCAGCCUACCCUGCCCUUCAGAAGAUCAUUUGAAGGGCCGAAGCAAUGCUGCCCUGCCUCACAAGCUCCGGAUUAAGACCAAGGCUCUCAGUAGCUUGGAGGAGAGUGGUCUGCACUCCCACUGA